GCAGCCUCACCCUGUGCGGGUAGAGAAAGUGGGCGGAGAGGAGAGAGCCAAGGAAGGGGCGGAGGUCACCCAGCCCUCCACCCUGCAGAGGCUGGGAGCAUCCCUAGGUGCUCUGGAGUCCGGGACACAAUAGGUCCUGCCGGUGAUCCAGGGCUCAGAAGAGUCCUAGGGAGGCACGAGCGGUGGAACCCGAGGUUGCGGCUGCGCGGGGCUGGUUUCGCCAUGGAACGCUCAGCGCUCUUCUGCUCCGGACACAGCCACUCAGUGGCCCAGGAUGCCGAGAUGUCUGCACUUCGAGACUGCACAGUUGUGACAGAGAGAUGACUUGAGGGGACAGCUUUUACCUCCACAACAAUGUCCAUGAACAGUUCCAAACAGCCAGUGUCUCCCGCAGCUGGACUCACUGCAAACACAACCUGCCAGACAGAGAACAGGCUUUCAGUAUGUUUUUCAAUCAUCUUCAUGACAGUGGGGAUCUUAUCUAACAGCCUCGCCAUUGCCAUUCUCAUGAAGGCGUACCAGAGAUUCAGACAGAAGUCAAAGGCUUCCUUCCUGCUUUUGGCGAGUGGCCUGGUGAUCACAGACUUCUUUGGCCACCUCAUCAAUGGAGGGAUAGCUGUCUUUGUAUAUGCUUCUGAUAAAGACUGGAUCCGCUUCGAUCAGUCGAACAUCCUGUGCAGUGUUUUCGGAAUCUCCAUGGUCUUUUCUGGCUUAUGCCCACUUUUUCUAGGCAGUGCGAUGGCCAUCGAGAGGUGUAUAGGAGUCACCAAUCCUAUAUUCCAUUCUACGAAGAUCACAUCUAAACACGUGAAAAUGAUCCUGAGUGGCGUGUGCAUGUUUGCUGUGUUCGUGGCUUUGUUGCCCAUCCUUGGACACAGAGAUUAUCAAAUUCAAGCAUCCAGAACCUGGUGUUUCUACAACACGGAGCACAUCGAAGACUGGGAAGACAGAUUUUAUCUCCUGUUCUUUUCUUUCCUUGGACUCUUAGCUCUUGGUGUCUCAUUCUCGUGCAACGCCGUCACAGGAGUCACACUCUUAAGAGUGAAGUUUAGAAGUCAGCAACACAGGCAAGGCAGGUCUCAUCACCUGGAGAUGGUCAUUCAGCUUCUGGCCAUCAUGUGCGUCUCCUGUGUCUGCUGGAGUCCCUUUCUGGUAACAAUGGCCAGCAUUGCAAUAAAUGGAAAUAAUUCCCCAGUGACCUGUGAAACGACACUUUUUGCUCUCCGAAUGGCAACGUGGAAUCAGAUCUUAGACCCCUGGGUCUAUAUUCUGCUACGGAAGGCUGUCCUUAGGAACCUGUAUAAGCUCGCCAGCCGUUGCUGUGGAGUUAACAUCAUCAGCUUGCACAUCUGGGAACUCAGCUCCAUCAAGAAUUCCUUAAAGGUUGCUGCUAUUUCUGAGUCACCAGCUGCAGAGAAGGAGAGCCAGCAAGCAUCUAGUGAAGCUGGACUAUAAGUCAAUGCAGAGUUAGAAGAAAGCUAUGGAAACUUCUGAAACAUCUCAGCUGAUCAAACUCAUGGCGUAACUGGAACUUUUGGACCUCUGUGUAGUUCGGGAGUACUCUGGUCAGACACAGCCUCUGACUUUUGUUAUGCUGGCUGCUUCACGGUUGUGUAUUUUCAUUUGUUUGUGUCGACAGGAGAUGCACAGAUAAAAUGUGGUGGAGUUGAAUAGAACACACAAUUGAGUUUAUCUGUGAGACUUAGGUACUCGGAAUAAAUGAAUCUGCUGAGGCCCAGUGCCUUUAUCUGACCAAUUUUUCCAAGCACCUUAAUGCUUCCUGAACCAUGACAUGGCCAUUUGCAGAUCCCUGACUUACAGACAAAGCUUAAAGUAACACAAGACUUUUUGUGUUUGUGUGUGCGGUUCUGCUCUGUUUAUCAGCCCAUGUGUCCUCAAUUGCAAUAUCUGCAUGAUCAUGACAUCUGAGACUCACGGUGACUUUGAUGGCCACUAUGCUGGCUGCUCAGCCUGACAUUGUGAGGCUGAUGAGGAUAGCCAUGCUUACCACAACUGACAGGUGUGACUGCUUGCAUGUGUUGUUAUGUAGGUGAAUUUUUUUUUCCAUAUUGGUUGUCCUCCUAUAAAGUCAUAGGUUUUCAAUGUCUAAGCAAUUUCCCUUUCCUGUGAAAAUUGUAGAGAAAUACAGAAAUGUCUUAGCACAGAUUCAGCUCAUGAUAGCAUUUCAUAAGCCCUAUUAUAGAUGAUACAAACAUUGAAAUCCCACUCAACAUAUGACAAGAACGUGGCAAACAUUGCUUUAUCUGAGUUGUCGUUUCUGUGUCAGAGAAUAAAAGAAAAACAAUCAAGACACA